AUGUACCCGCUGCAGACGCAGCGGAUGUACCUGUCGCACGUUGUGACGCACCACGUAGACGAUUUACAACAACAGGCGAUGAAUCUUCUGCUGCUGAGGUGUGAGAGGUACUUUCCCCGGUUGCAUGCAUGCGUGAAGCUGCUCUUCUUGCUGCUGCAGUAG